AUAGAGGAGAACGUGGUAUAUAGAAAAAGGAGAACAGAAGUAGGAAGGUUCCACGGAGGUUCCACACGACUAUAAUCACGAGCUUCCGUAAUUUCUACAUUUCCCAGCUGUCAAAUCGAGAAUCUCAAGCAUCUCAAGGGAUCGAAUUGUUCCGGUGCAAAACUUUGGAGAAAUAAGAGUGACAUUUUCAACUCUGACGCGGAAAUCUCUCUGGCGGCCAUGGAAUCGAGAUAGAAGGCUGGUUCCCCCACUUGAGUUCUUUAUGGCCUUCGGCUGUACAUCCAAACGUUUCCUAUCUAGCUCUGUUGAUAAACUAAAAAAAAUACUCCAGUCCGUCAUCAGGACGUUAAUCAUAACAUCUGUUUUUAUACUUUUUUGGAGUGAAAAUCGAAUUAUUGUUAAAUUCAAUCAUCGUCGUCGUCAAAUUGAUUCUCGGUCGAUUUCAGUUAUCCCAGUGAAGUGAUAUAUAAUAAAAGAGAAAUAUAAAAGUUGUGACAUUUUGCUGAAAUUGUGACAAUGGGCGCACUAACCAGUAGACAAAACGCUGGUGUCGAGGAAGUUGACAUCGUUUCGAACCAUGCUUACAAAUAUCCACCACGAUGUGGGAGCUACUUUGGCAGUCAUUUUAUAAUGGGAGGCGAGAGGUUCGAUACACCACAGCCUGAAGCAUAUCUCUUUGGUGAAAAUACAGAUCUCAAUUUUUUGGGUAGUCGUCCGACGCCUUUUCCUUAUCCACCGCCUCAAGCAAAUGAUCCAACAAAAACACUAAAAAGUUUGGUCAACAUACGUAAAGAAUCAUUGAGACUGUGUAGGAGCGUUGAUCAAACGUCCACAUCAUCUCAACCUCACAAUGAUAUUACUUCUUAUGUGGAUGGAGACACAGAUAAAAAACCAACAAGAUUUAAUAUAGAAUUCACAUUUGACUGCGAUGUCAGAUGUGCCAUUACCAUUUAUUAUUUUUGUACCGAGGAAGUCACCACCAAAGGAGUCACAUAUCUUCCACGUGAUCCUUCCAUGAAUUCAGAGACAUUCCAUUAUAAGAAAGGAGCUAACCAACAGUUCUGCCAGUCUUCUCAUAUAUUUGAUCCAACCCUUUUCAACGAGGAAGAUUUGGUGUACAAUCCAGACAGAGAAAUAAUACCAAUUGCAAUCCAUUGUGUUGCGGAAGAAGGCUCUGAGGAGCCUAAGCAAUCUCACACAACAAUAGCAGUCGUUGAAAAACAAACCGACGGUUCGUUUCUUUUGAAAGCUCUUAAACAAAAACUUUACGUUGAUGGACUUUGCUAUUUGCUGCAAGAAAUAUACGGCAUUGAGAACAAGAACACGGAAAAUGCUAAGCAGGGUACUGACGAGGACACCGAAGACAAUGGCUCCGAAUGCGUGAUUUGCAUGUGCGACGUUCGAGACACACUGAUUCUUCCAUGCAGGCAUUUAUGCCUGUGCAACGGAUGUGCCGAUUCUUUGAGAUAUCAAGCAAAUAAUUGUCCAAUUUGCCGUGCCCCGUUCAGAGCUCUUUUGCAGAUAAAGGCACUACAAAAAGCGACUGGCGCUGUCAUCACGAAUCCACCAUUACCAGAGGGAAGUUCAGAAAAUAUACCAGCAGGCUACGAGGCUGUAUCGCUGAUAGAAGCUUUGAACGGACCUUGCACUCCGCGAGCUGCUGUUCUUCCCCCAGAAUCACCAGAUACUCCGGAUACAGACACAGCCAGUGCUAUUCAAGCCGUAGAAGCAUUGAACAGAUCGGCUGAGAGGACUCCAGUUUCAAAACAUUCAUCGAUCAAGGACAGCGACAUAACUGCUCGUUCGAGUAGCACUCCUUGUCCAACACCCGAAUUUCGUAUGUCAGUUUUAUUGGCUCGUGAUGAGAAUGGGGCUUCCCAGAAAGAUCUCCAUGGUCGCUCACCCGGUAUGAGAGCCAAAACCUCCGGUCAUCAACGUGAUAAGAGUAAUCUUCGUACACGCGAUACUUUGCGACUAGUUAAUGAAAAACAACCAGCUUCUCUCUACGAGGGAAACGGACGAGACGAUGACAGCGAGGCUGAGAAACUGUCCCCAUUGUUGGAUGCCGCGACGAAUACCGAGGCGUUAGAUUCUCAUCGUAACAAUUGCGACGUUGAUAACGACGACGAUUUGCCGAAUAUCGAUAGCAUGAGCGCAGCGGAAAUAAUCUGUCAUUCUCACUGACGACGGCGCGUAAAUGUGUACACAAAUCUUAUGUCCGAAUCACGAUUUGUCACAAACGUCAUGGAUAAUCAACCUGAUUAGAUACCAUGGAAAAAAAAGAGGAUAUCGCUGGGGGAAAACUCAUUGAAUGAAAAAAGAAGUUAUUGAAUAUUGAGAAUUGUAAUAUAUGUGCAUACUUCACUGACAAACAAAUGUGAUUUACGCGUGAAUCCAUGACAAAGGGAAAAUCUUCAAAUUAAAUCACGGAAUUUGCCAAUUAGUAUUUCUAUAUUCCAAUAUUUUAGUCUAUCUCCGUGAAUUUUUCAAUGCUGAGAGUAAAUAUUUCGAGACUCUUAAGCCGUUAUUUGUAUUGUAGCUUUACGAAUAUGUUUUAUGAAUAAUAUUAGAACAUUACCUAAUAAUAAUAAUUAGCGCUCAUGAAAUGUACAUAAACAGGAUGUGGUUAUUAAGCUGUUAAAAUAUUUCUAAUAAAAUUAACGACAAACAUUGUUCGUCUUUUAUAAUUCAAAGAUUUUCCAAGUAAUUGGAGGUUUGUGCUGUUGCAUUGGCGGAACAAUGGUUGCAAUUCUUGACAAAAAAAAAAAAUUCACGACUCUCGUAAGGCUCUAUACGUACGUCGAUAUGUAUAUCGUUUUAUAUUCAAAACUGUACCACUUAUAAAUUGUAUAUGGAAAAAAAGAAAUAUGACGUAUAAAAUAGUAAUUACUCAAA